GCUUAUGAAAGCACAGAUAGCUGUCCCUCUUCCCCACUUUCUGAUUCAGGAGGUGUGGGGCUGGCCCAGGAAUCUGCGUGUCUAACAAGUUCCGACGUGUUGCUGAUGCUGAGGGUCUAAGGACUACAAUGCAAGAAUUAGUGGUUUAGUGGAUAUCUACCUAAUGAAUAGAUACUGUAUUUCCUUUAGCACCUGUGAUUACAGAGGAAACACCUUUCAACUGGAGGAUAUCAUUAAACAGAGGAUAAGAGAUCAGGAAAAGAAGGCAAGCCACCAACAUCAGGAUGCCCUAAGGAGGGAGCUAGAGGCCCAGGUUCAUACCAUACGAAUCCUUACUCAGAAAACUGAACUUCAGACGGCACUCUAUUACAGCCAGCAUGCUGUCCAGCAGUUGGAAGGAGAGUCCAGAGAUCUGGUGAGCCGCCUGCAUGAUUCAUGGAAGUUUGCAGGAGAGUUAGAGCGGGCCCUCUCUACUGUCGCUACACAGAAAAAGAAAGCAGACAGGUACAUCGAGGAGUUAACAAAGGAGAGGGACGCCCUGAGUCUGGAACUGUACAAGAACAUCAUAACCGAUGAGGAGUUGAAGGAGAAAAAUGCCGAACUACAAGAAAAACUUCGACUUGUAGAAUCUGAAAAGUCUGAGAUCCAGCUCAAUGUAAAGGAGCUAGAAAGGAAGCUGGAGAGGGCCAAGCUCCUGCUGCCACAGCAGGAGGAGAAUAUGCACAAUCAGGAGGAGAAGAUACGGGAGCAGGAGGAGAAUAUGCACAAUCAGGAGGAGAAGAUACGGGAGCAGGAGGAGAAGAUACACGAGCAGGAGGAGAAGAUACGGGAGCAGGAGGAGAAGAGGCAGGAGCAGGAGAAGAAGAUGUGGAGGCAGGAGGAGAAGAUGCAUGAGCAGGAGGAGAAGAUGCAUGAGCAGGAGGAGAAGAUAUGGGAGCAGGAGAAGAAGAGCCAGGAGCACGAGGAGAAGAUGUGGAGGCAGGAGGAGAAGAUUUGGAGGCAGGAGGAGAAGAUGCAUGAGCAGGAGGAGAAGAUGCAUGAGCAGGAGGAGAAGAUAAGGGAGCAGGAGGAGAAGAUACGGGAGCAGGAGAAGAAGAGGCAGGAGCAGGAAGAGAAGAUUUGGAGGCAAGAGGAGAAGAUACGGGAGCAGGAGGAGAAGAUGCAUGAUCAGGAGCAGAAGAUACGGGAGCAGGAGGAGAAGAUGCACAAGCAGGAGGAGAAGAUACUGGAGCAGGAGAAGAAGAGGCAGGAGCAGGAGGAGAAGAUGUGGAAGCAGGAGGAGAAGAUACGGGAGCAGGAGGAGAAGAUACACGAGCAGGAGGAGAAGAUACACGAGCAGGAGGAGAAGAGGCAGGAGCAGGAGGAGAAGAUGUGGAGGCAGGAGGAGAAGAUUUGGAGGCAGGAGGAGAAGAUGCAUGAGCAGGAGGAGAAGAUAAGGGAGCUGGAGGAGAAGAUGCACAAGCAGGAGGAGAAGAUACAGGAGCAGGAGGAGAAGAUACGGGAGCAGGAGGAGAAGAUGCAUGAGCAGGAGGAGAAGAGGCAGGAGCAGGAAGAGAAGAUGUGGGAGCAGGAGGAGAAGAUUUGGAGGCAGGAGGAGAAGAUGCAGGAGCAGGAGGAGAAGAUGCGGAGGCAGGAGGAGAAGCUACGGGAGCAGGAGGAGAAGAUGUGGAGCCAGGAGGAGAAGAUACGGGAGCAGGAGGAGAAGCGGCAGGAGCAGGAGGAGAAGAUAUGGAGGCAGGAGGAGAAGAUACGGGAGCAGGAGGAGAAGAUGCGGGAGAAGGAGGAGAAGAUGCAGAGGCAGGAGGAGAAGAUGCGGGAGCAGGAAAUGAGGCUGUGGCAGCAGGAGAAGAAGAUGCAGGAGCAGGAGGAGCACCUGGAAGCUGCCAUCUACCGAGCAGAUGACAAGAAGGCAAAAACAAUAAACAUGUAA